AUGGGGGACACUGCCCCGCUGCAGUUGCUGGGAAGGUCGCGAGCAGAGCGGCUGCUUGAUGGGGUGUAUGCGCGGCAGCGUUUGCUGCUGCGGAAGCGGAGGCUGCAGCAGCGGCAGCAGCAGCAGCAGCAGAUUCUGCUGCCUGAAGAACGAGAGGCGCGGCGGCGUCUGCUGAUUAAGCAUCCACCGUCAGCAGCAGAGCAGCAGCAGCAGCAGCAGAAGCAGAAGCAGCAGCAGCGCGCUGCUGCAGCAGCAGCAGCAGCAGCAAAAGGCGGAGUGUCUUUAGAAGCAGCACUUCAAGACCUAAUAAAUAAGCAUUUUCAUAAUAAAGCAAAGUUUGCUAAGGCAGUGCUGCUGCUGCAGCAGAUGUGGGGUGUCUACUUCAGCAGCAGCAGCAGCAGACAGUUCUUUGGGGCUCUUGUUGCUGCUGCUUCAACUGAUUUCUGUUAUAAUGAUGACAAAGGUAGGCAAGCUAUCUCCUCUCUCUUUGCAAGCUGCGUGCUGCCGCUGCUGCAGCAGCAGCAGCAGCGGGAGCAGCAAAAGGCUGAGGCCCUCCUACGCCUUGCAGACGCCAGGAAGCAGCAGCAGCAGCAACGUAUCCAGCUGCAGCUUGCUGCUUCGGCCUUCCCUUCAAACCGCUACAGCAGCAGCAACAGCAGCAUCAGCAGCAGCAGCACAAAGCUGAGAGCUAAUGCUGCUGCUGCUGCUGAUAUGGCAGAGGCUGCUGCUGCUGCCUGCAUGCGUGCAGAAAUUGCAGCGCAGCAGCAGCAGCAACAGCAGCAGCAGCAGGCUGGCGGCUGUCAGGAAGCUUCAGCCGAUGGCGCGGGCAGCAGCAGCAACAGCAGCGACAGCAGCAGCAGCAGCAAGGAGGUGGAGAUGAGUGCUGAUGUAGUUAGUUUGCUGCAGCUGCUGCGGGUUCGCUGCAUCGUUCAUCCGCAGCUGCAGACCGAUGAUGCUUUUGAAUUUAAUUCUGCAGUGUCUGAGCUGCGGCUGCUGCUGCAGCAGCUGCAGGAGCAGCAGCAGCAGCAAGACGAAGAAGGAGAAGAAGAAGGCUUCAGCUGGAGCAGCGAAGAAGAGACCGCUGAAGACAACGAAGACAAUCACAAACACAAACAACCCAGGCUGGAGCAGCAGCAGCAAGAGCAGCAGCAGCAGCAAGAGCAGCAGCAGCAGCAAGAGCAGCAGCAGCAGCAGCAGGAGCAGCAGCAGAACGGGUUGCACACGCAACAGCAGCAGCCACACCCGACAGACGCCCCCUGCAGUGACUCCAGCAGCAGCAGCAGCAGCAGCAGCAGCAGCAGUGUAGACAGCAGCAGCAGCAGCAGCAGCAACGGCCGCAGCAGCACGUGGCGUGUUAAAACCGAAGAACCGGAUGCAGCAGCAACGCCUGCUGACUCAGCAGCAGCAGCAGCAGCAGCCGUUCCUGCAGCGGCAGCUGACGCAGGUAGUGGUAAAGGAGCAGCAGCAGCAACAGAUUCUCCUACAGAGACAGAGGGUGGAGCAGCAGCAGCAGCAGCAACAGCAGCAGCGGAAGCUGCUGAGGCAGCAGCAGCAGGAACAGCAACAGCGGCAUCUGAGGAGGCAGCAGCAGAAGCAGCAGCAGCUGCUGAUGCUGCAGCAGCAGAAGACGCAGCAGAAGAGGAGUGGCCGCUGCCUCUGGGGAAGGCGGCGCUGCUGGGGCUGAGCAAAUGCUUCUUCUUGGAUGCUCUUUCAACUGUAUUCACCUUCCGAACGCGCAAAGGGCGUGAGGCGCAGGGAUUGGUGUUUAGAGCUACGGGCCUCUUUAGUGAAAGCGAGGCGCAGCAAAUCGCCAUCUGGCAGGCAGAAAUCAAAGCAAGCUCAGCACCAACUGCUGUUGCUGCUGCUGCAUUUGGGAUUGGAGAGGCGACAGUGCCAGUCAAAGACGCUCGAGAAGAAAAAAUAUUCACCGAACACGGAUCUGUUACGUGGUCUCGCGCCAGCAACAGCAGCAACACCAGCAGUAACAGCAGCAGCAACAGCAGCAGCAGCAGAAAGAGCACGAUGCAGCAGCAGCAGCAGCGAGAUCAGCAGCAACAGCAGCAGCUGUCUUUCUCGAGACACCUGAGCACCAGCUGCUUCGAGCUUGGCCUUAAUCGCCUCCGCCUCAGCAGCAGGGACGCCUGCAGCAGCAGCAGCAGAAGCAGCAAAGGAGACGGUGCGCAACAGCAACAGCAACAGCAGCAGCAAAGAGACAGGAGACCGCAGGAGCACCAACAGCACCAAAGAGACAGCAGCUGCUGCACCAACAGCAGCAAAGUAACAGCAACAACAGCAGCAGCAACAACAGCCGCAGCAACAACUGCAGCAGCAGCAGCAGCAACAACAGCAUCAGCACAGCAAAAACAACAACAGCACAGCAAACCCAGCAGCAAAAACAGCAGCACCAGCAACAGCAGGAACAACAACAACAACAACAACAGCAACAGCAGCAGCAGCAGCAGCAGCAGCGGCAGGCGAGGCUUUACCUUUUUUGACGACUUUAGGGCUUUGCUCUACGAUGUCUUUGGCUUCUUUUAG